UUUCUUUUUUCCCCUCCGUGCUUUGUUCAAAUGAGACGCAGAGCGAAGCGUGUUUUACUGGACUUUAAACCAUCUCUAUGGCCGAUUUAAUCGAAUGAUACGUCAAUAUAUUCGCAGCUCUUUCUUGGAAUGAUGCAUCCACUGAGAAGAAGGACCAUUCUUUGGAUAUAUCUCGUGUUUUUUGUCCUGGGCUUAAUCUGUGACUCUGCAUCCGGGCAGCUCUCUUAUUCCGUUUCAGAGGAGGUAAACCUUGGAUAUUCUGUUGGAAAUAUCGCAAAGGAUCUAAACCUUGUUGUACAGGACUUGGAGUCACGCAGCUUUCAGAUUGUUACAGGAUCAAAGAAGAAAUAUUUUGAGGUAAAUCUGAAAACGGGUUUUCUCUACGUCAGUCAGAGAAUAGACAGAGAGGAACUGUGCGCCAAAGCUGCUAAAUGCUCAAUAAAUGUGGAGGCUGUCGUCAAUAAUCCUCUGAAGCUCUAUCGGAUUGAAGUUAAAAUUCUUGACGUAAAUGAUAAUUACCCUUCUUUCAGCGCCAAAUCACAAAAUAUCGACAUAGCUGAGAGCAUAUUGCCUGGAGCUACAUUCCCUGUACCCACGGCUUAUGAUGCAGAUGUGGGGAAAAAUGGUGUGAACACAUACAAAAUCAAUCCGAACGAACAUUUUUCUUUAACAGUACACAAAGGAGAGAGGGUUUCGGCCGAGCUGGUCCUUCAAAAAGCUUUAGAUCGAGAAAAGCAGCCUCUUAUUAAACUCACACUUGCAGCUGUAGACGGAGGAAUACCUCCCAAAUCAGGCACGUCGGAGAUAAUAAUUAAUGUUUUAGAUAUCAAUGAUAAUAUCCCCAUGUUUUCCAAGACGCUGUACAAAACAAGCAUAACGGAAAAUUCUCCCGUUGGCACCACGCUGCUGACUGUGUCUGCAACAGACGCCGAUGAGGGGACGAACAAAGAGAUUUCAUAUUCACUGAAUCAAAGGGAUCAAGAGGAAGUGUUGGAGCGCUUUGAAAUUAAUCCUGAAACAGGAAUAAUAACCGUGAAAGGGAAAAUAGAUUUUGAAACGAAUUCUGCUUUCGAAAUUCGUGUACAGGCCACGGACAAAGGCCAGCCCCCCCUGACAGCUCAGUGCAAAGUGUUAGUGGAGGUGGUGGAUUUAAAUGACAAUGCGCCUGAUAUCAUGGUGACGUCACUUCUCAGCACCGUAAGGGAGGAUGCCGAAAUCGGUACCGCCGUAGCGCUCGUUUCUGUUCUCGAUAGAGACGGAGGUAAAAACGGCGAAGUAAAGUGUGAAAUAACGAACACGCUCCCGUUUAAAUUAGAAACAAAUCAUAGAAAUUAUUAUUAUAUUGUUAUCGGUGUGCCUUUAGAUAGGGAAGAAACUUCCCAGUAUGACAUCACGAUUAAAGCUACAGAUGAAGGAAAACCACCUCUCUUUAACACAAGUGUCGUAAAUAUACAGAUUUCUGAUGUAAAUGACAACUCACCUUUAUUUUUACAAACUGUAAUUAACAUGUAUGUGAAAGAAAACAGUCCAACGGGGACUGUUUUGGAAACGGUAUCAGCAACUGAUGCUGACACUGGAGAAAAUGCUCAGGUGAGCUAUUCACUAGUCAGUGAAAAUAACUUAGUGUCACUUUCUACAGUGGUAAACAUCAACUCAGAGACUGGAGAAAUAAUCAGUUUACAGUCUUUUAACUAUGAGGAGUUAAAAACAUUCCGGUUUAAAGUUCAGGCCAAAGACUCUGGUGUUCCUCCACUCAGCAGCAACGUGACUGUGAACGUUUUUAUCCUGGAUGAGAACGAUAAUAAUCCUUCCAUUCUUGCUCCCUACUCCGAGCACAGCUCCGUGAACAGUGAGAACAUUCCAUAUUCUGCAGAAGUGGGAUACUUUGUGGCAAAGAUCAGGGCUGUAGAUGCAGAUUCUGGAUAUAACGCACUGCUUUCUUAUCACCUCUCUGAGCCAAAAGGAAAUAACCUGUUCAGGAUCGGAACCAGCAGUGGAGAAAUCAGGACGAAGAGGAGAAUGAGUGACAAUGACCUGAAAAGUCACCCGUUGGUGGUGCUGGUUUGUGAUCAUGGAGAACCCUCUCUGUCAGCUACUGUGUCUAUUGAUGUAGUGGUGGUUGAAAGGACAGCAGACAUCCAGACUCAGUUCAGACAUGUGCCCAUAAAGGAGGACAGCUUCUCUGUUUUGAACCUCUAUCUGCUGAUCGCCAUUGUGUCGGUGUCAGUGAUCUUUCUGCUGAGCCUCAUCAGUUUAAUAGCUGUCAAAUGCCACAGGACAGAUGGCAGUUUCAGCAGGUACAGCGCCCCAAUGAUCACCACCCACCCUGAUGGGAGCUGGUCUUACUCUAAAUCUACUCAGCAGUAUGAUGUGUGUUUCAGCUCAGACACACUGAAGAGCGAUGUCGUGGUUUUCCCUACACAGUUUCCACCUGUAGAUGCAGAACUGAUCAGUAUAAAUGGAAGUGACACUUUUACCAAGACACAGACAUUACCUAAUAAAGAUAAGGUUGACUUGUAA